AUGAAAGUCCGGUCGGUGAAGCUGAGGGAUGCCCACGCCCACAAGGGUGGCCGCCCUUCCUUCUGCUCCGUCGUGUGGGACCAGCAAGCCAAACAUCUGGUCACCGCCUCCUCUUCCGACGUGUCCAUUUCAAUCCACGACCCUCUUCUCCCCUCCGCCACUCCCAGGAUCCUCCGUCACCACCGCGACGGUGUCACCGCCUUGGCUCUUAGCCCCAAUUCUACUUGCCUUGCUUCCGGAUCCGUCGAUCACUCCGUCAAACUCUAUAAGUUCCCUGGUGGAGAGUUUGAGACAAAUAUUACGAGGUUUACACUUCCAAUACGUUCUCUGGCGUUUAACAAAUCAGGGAGCAUGUUGGCGGCGGCUGGUGAUGAUGAGGGUAUCAAGCUUAUAAAUACAGUUGAUGGUUCCAUUGCUAGGGUUCUCAAAGGGCAUAAAGGUUCUGUUACUGGCUUAGCUUUUGACCCUAACGGUGAAUACUUAGCGUCUCUGGAUUCUACUGGAACUGUUAUUUUUUGGGAACUACACUCUGGGAGAAUCCUUCAUAACCUCAAAGGCAUCGCUCCUGACACUGGGGUUGAUGUUUCAACCAUGAAUGUUCUUUGCUGGAGUCCCGAUGGUGAGACCUUAGCUGUUCCUGGGUUGCGAAAUGAUGUGGUGAUGUAUGAUAGGGACACGGCUGAGAAGUUGUUUUCUUUGAGAGGGGAUCACAUACAACCUAUAUGUUUCUUGUGUUGGUCACCCAAUGGGAAAUACAUGGCUACUUCUGGUUUAGACAAGCAGGUUCUGAUUUGGGAUGUUGAUAGGAAGCAGGACAUUGAUAGACAGAAGUUUGAUGAAAGAGUGAGUAGCAUGGCGUGGAAGCCAACUGGGAAUGCCUUAGCUGUUGUUGAUGUUAUGGGAAAGUAUGGUAUCUGGGAGAAUGUUAUUCCUUCAUCUAUGAAGUCUCCAACUGAGGAUAUACCUAUGCAAUACAAGAAUAGUAAAGGGGUUCUUUUGUUUGACGAGGAGGAUCCGGAAAAUAGUGCAAGUGGAAGCUUGAGUGAUGUUGGUGAAAAUAGUAAUGGUGUGUCCGAGCCACCACCUAGCAGGAAAAGAUUGCGUAAGCCGUCUUUGAGCGAGGAAAAUUUAGAUGAUGAUGGAGGUGAUGAAAUUGCUUUGUUUCCCAAGGUUGAAUCCCACAAGAAACGGAAUCACUUGCAUAAGGAAAAUUUGGAUAAUGGGAAUGUGUUGGGAUUUAGAAGCACGAUGGUAACUUCUAGGCCAAAGAUGCAGGAGGCAUUUCAACCAGGAUCUACUCCUGUGCAGUCUGGAAAAAGGCGCUUCUUAUGCUACAAUAUGCUUGGAAGUAUAACCACUGUUGAACAUGAUGGAUUCUCUCAUAUUGAGAUUGAUUUUCAUGAUACUGGAAGCAGUCCUCGAGUUCCAUCUAUGACUGAUCAUUUUGGAUUUACAAUGGCCUCAUUAAAUGAGGAUGGGAGCGUCUUUGCAAAUCCUUGCAAGGGGGAGAAGAACAUGAGCACCCUCAUGUAUCGCCCAUUUAGUAGCUGGGCUAAUAAUACCGAGUGGUCUAUGCGCUUUGAAGGAGAAGAAGUGAAGGUUGUUGCACUUGGAGCUGCUUGGGUGGCUGCGGCAACUAGUUUUAACUAUCUUCGGAUCUUUACUGAGGGUGGUUUGCAGGUUUGUCGCACAUUUUUAUUGCAGAAACAUGUUAUUUCGCUAGAUGGGCCAGUUGUGACUGCAUCGGGUUUCAACGACAAGCUUGCGGUUGUGACUCAUGCUUCUGAUUGCCUUUCCUCAAAUGAUCAGGUGCUAGAGUUUAAAAUAUUUAAUAUACCUCAUGGGACCCAACCACUUCGAGGUCGCUUGCCAUUAAGUCCUGGGUCAUCUCUAAGUUGGUUUGGGUUUAGUGAAGAAGGCCAAUUGUGUUCGUACGAUUCCAAGGGGGUGCUAAGAUCAUAUACAAGCCAAUUCGGUGGUAGCUGGCUCCCACUCUUCAGUGCUAUUAAAGAGAAGAAGUCAGAUGAAAACUAUUGGGUGGCUGGGUUGAAUUCAAGCAAGUUAUUUUGUGUGAUAUGCAAAAAGCCUGACGCCUUCCCACAGGUGAUGCCUAAACCAGUUCUCACUCUAUUGAAUCUUUCAUUUCCUCUCGCUUCCUCUGAUUUGGGAUCUGAAGCCCUUGAAAAUGAGUUUAUAAUGAACAGCAUGCGUCUCUUUGAGAUUCAGAAAAAAAUGGAAGAAAUGGCUAUUGCUGGUUUAGACACUAGUUCGCUUGAUGAUGAUGCUUUCGAUUUGGAAGCAGCACAAGAUAGAUGUAUUCUUAGGCUUAUAGCAUCCUGCUGCAACAGUGAUAAGCUUGUGCGAGCUACUGAACUUGUGAAGCUUUUGUCACUGGACAAAUCAAUGAAAGGUGCAAUAAAACUUGUUACUUCUUUGAAGCUUCCAAACUUGGCGGAAAGGUUCAGCAGCAUAUUGGAGGAAAGGCUACUUCAAGAAGUGAAAAAAACUACGGAAACCAACCUCAAAGAAAACUGUCUUGCACCCAUUCCAGCUGAUGCUUCAACAUCAAAAGCAGUUGCUAUGUCAUCACCAAAAUUAUCUGCUCCGUUGUUCAUAAAGAAAGACAGAACACAAGAGGGAGCUAAAGCUGGAGUAAAUAAAACUGUAACGGUGAAUGAAACUCCAAAGGCAAAGCAGAGAGUGGAUGAAACAAGUGACAAGGGGGGGAAGCUGGGUGAUAUGCUUCAGGUGCAAGCUCCUCACACACAUGAUCCCUCUAUAAAGUCGUCAUUUAAGCAGGGAGCUAACAAGACAGAGGCUAGUUUUGCACAUUCAAAUAGGCCGUCCAAUCCAUUUUUGAAGUCUUCUAUCAAGUGAGUAAAUUUAUCUACUCCAAUGAAAUGAAAAACACGAUUGAGGU